CCAAUCUGCAAAGCGCAAAGUUUUGUAAUUUUUCUAUCAAAAGGUCAACAAGCUUGUCCUGAUCAAUAUUGACCUAAAUGGCAAUUAAGUUCUAGAGGCCUUACGCAAUCACCAUGUUUACGCACACCUCUGACGAUGACUUAUUGAUCCGUUGUGCACACCUGGGUAGCAAGGACGAGGCUAUAAAACACACAUCAUAUCCUAGUGUCCUGGCUAUGCCAAGGGUUAGGCUGUGAGAUGACACCUCUGACACUCAUCUGCUUAACACUGUACACUUGGAUAGUGUCACCUGGCUCCCGGCUCAGCCUGGCAUUAAGUCAGCAUGAGCAUGAAACAGAGAUGUGGCACGCACUCUCAAAUAGCUUGCAUAAUAAAGUGACCAUUGAGGGGACGAAGAAGCUGGCGUUCACCUUUCAAAGCAAGGAGAAUGUCCAGGUGGACUCUGCAUUCCUGUCCUGCGUAACUUUGAGAUGCUUCACGUUGCUGGAGAACCCCUCACCUGAGGCCUGGAUCGGGCCUGAACAUCAACAGCACCACUUGUCAGCAAUAAUUUGUCCAUCCAAUCGGUCAAGAAAAACAACACCAAAAGGACCAAGUGCAAUCACUGUUGUUUUAUUUGCUAUGGAGUCAAGCGCAGUGAACAGACACCCCAAUGGGAUCAUCUAUAGGCUUGGGAAAGUACUUAUAUCAUCUUUUCUGCUGUUGCUUGCAAUCAUUGUAAUUCGAUUAAUAUUAAUCGUCUCAGAUUUCCGAUACAGCAACAACUCUUUUGUUGUGGGGCUUUUGACUCUCACGUUACACUGUUUACCUCCACCAGCCCUCCGACCCCCGGGAUGGUCCUUUGUGCUGCGUCACACAGCGUUCGGGAUCACCUUUGUCCUCUAUAUCACCUGUGGCCUGGGGAAACCAAUCCAUGUUUUGAUUGCCUUCAGGGCCACUUGGACGGUUUUCCAAUGGUUGUGUCACUCACAUCAGCAGCAAGCAUGUAUUUUGCCACUAUCUGCUGCACAGUUGAUGGUUUGUGUUGUGUGGUUCUUUGUCACCCAAAUGUCACCAAACAGGAAUGGAAGGCAGUUAUGUUGUGAAAACAUAAUACGUGAAAGGGAUGUCCAGUUUGCUGUCAUUUACUGGGCCACAUCGUAUUUUUUAUGUUUUUCAUUUACACUUUUACUGCGAUCAAUACAGGCUAAAUUGAAUGUAUUUAGCGCUCCUAUGCACAUGCGUUUGCUAGCCUGUCUACAAUAUGCCAGGGUAAUAACAAAGUAUAUCAUUGUUAUAAAACUCAACAUGCCCCUGUGAACCUUAUUUGUAGAUGGUAUUAUGAUGCUACGAUGAUAAAGAUCCUGAAACAUUACAUUAAAUAUAUUAAAAUGAAAAAAGAGUUGUAGGGAGACAACACUAAUCGUUUCUUAAAAUGUGCUAGGCUAAUGCUUAAUAGAUGGAUACAAUUCUUAAUUCAUAUUUUAGAUUAUUACGACAGAUAGAACCGGGGUUUAAGUAAAGGCUCAGUUGAUAACUUUGUUAUUUUUCAACGUGGACCCUAUUUUCCAAUUGUUCGAGAUUGGGCCAGUAUUGAGCGAGCAUGGUAACCCUUUGGAACAAUAGCACUCAAUUAAUCAAUAAAUAUUUUCAAGCCAGAGCCUAAGUCUAAAGAGCACAUAUAUUGUAAAAUCCAAAGCAAUGAUUCAAGUGCCCGGAUCAAAAAAACGUAUAAUGUGUAUCAUUUCAAAUAGCUCUACAGUUAACCAAAAAACAUCCAAACAUUGACAUGAUAUAUAUUUUUGUCUUCUUAAAAAAGAUUGAUUAGAGAAACAGGAAGAUUUCUAGAUGUUACCUUGAAGAAUUAGUUAGUUAGUGUGUUGUUGUUUUUUAGAUCUAGAAGUCUUGAGUGAAAACUGACAAUAUGUCAGGCUAAUACGAUCAGAUCUGACCCAUUUCCACCCUUCAGUUCAGCCUUGCCCUGUCACUCUAUCCUGUCAACAUGAAGAUGUUACUUUAUAAGGCCCAUUACGAUUUUUGUGCUGUGUGGCAGUGUAUACUACAGAAAACAACAAAGCCAUAUGCAAAUAAGUUUAAUAUAAAGUCUAAUGUACAUUUUUGUAAUGGGUAAAAGUUUUGUUACUUACAGUCUCAGAAUGUGAUGUACCCUAUGUAAUAUGUUUUUUUCAAAGCAGAGACUCACUUCAUUCAAGAACAUUUAAAGAUGAGU